AUGACUAGUCUAGCAAUAUAUGCAUUCCAAUUACUAGCCAAGCGAGCUGUGCCGGAUGAUUUGGUUGAUGUGCCCGAUUUGAGCCCACCCGAUGAUGACCAUAUGGAAGAUUCAAACCCCGUGGAAAAUGAAAUCUUUUCUUCGUGGGCGUUAUUUAUCUUGUUAUUGUUGUUGAUGCUGGCAUUAUGGUCUUCUUAUUUCCUUCAGCAGCGUCGAAUUAAAGCUAUUCACGAAACGGUAUUGUCGAUUUUUUGUGGUAUGAUUGUGGGAUUGAUCAUCAGAUUGAGUCCUGGUCACUACAUCCAAGAUGCUGUGAAAUUCAACCCUGGCUAUUUCUUCAAUAUACUUUUACCGCCAAUCAUUUUAAAUAGUGGAUACGAGCUACAUCAGGCGAACUUUUUCCGCAACAUCGGAAGCAUCUUGACGUUUGCCAUACCGGGGACGUUUAUCUCGGCGUUGGUUGUGGGGAUCAUCAUUUACAUAUGGACGGCGAUUGGACUCGAUAACGUCAAGUUGGAGUUUGUUGAUGCAUUAGCGGUAGGCGCAACCUUAUCCGCGACUGACCCGGUGACAAUCUUGUCAAUCUUUAACGCUUACAAAGUUGAUCCAAAGUUGUACACCAUUAUUUUCGGGGAAUCUUUACUUAAUGAUGCCAUCUCCAUUGUCAUGUUUGAAACAUGCCAAAAGUUCCAUGGCCAUCCCGUGAAGUUCUCUUCGUUUUUUGAAGGUAUCGGCUUAUUUUUGAUGACAUUCACCAUCUCAACAAUUAUUGGCAUUCUUAUUGGUGUCUUGGUGGCGUUGAUCCUUAAGCAUUCUCAUGUUCGCAGAUAUCCGCAAAUUGAAACAUGCUUGGUGCUAUUGUUUGCAUACCAAUCCUAUUUCUUCUCCAAUGGCGCUCACAUGUCGGGAAUUGUAUCGUUGUUGUUUUGCGGAAUCACUUUGAAACAUUAUGCAUACUACAACAUGUCCAGAAGAACUCAAAUUGCCACCAAAUACAUUUUCCAGUUGUUGGCGCAAUUGUCGGAAAAUUUCAUAUUUAUUUAUCUCGGGUUAUCCCUAUUCACCGAAGUGGAAUUGGUUUUCAAACCACUUUUAAUCAUUGUUGCAUUUAUUUCUAUUUGCGUUGCUAGAUGGUCCGCGGUUUUCCCCUUAUCGAGGUUGCUCAAUUUUUUGUACAGAGCAAGAAUUGAAAAAUAUAGUGGUAUCAACUUGAGCACCAACAGCAUCAAUAUCCCAGACGAAAUCAGUCAUUCGUACCAGAUGAUGAUCUUUUGGGCUGGUCUCCGUGGUGCUGUUGGUGUUGCUUUAGCCAUGGGUUUUGGCGGCGAGGCGAAGUGGGCUCUUCUUGCCACGGUUUUGGUGGUUGUUGUGUUGACGGUUAUUCUCUUUGGAGGCACCACGGCGUCAAUGUUGGAAAUCUUGGGGAUCAAAAUCGGCUGUGUCGAUGAAGCUGCCGAGUCCGACGACGAGUUCGACAUUGAGGCACCUCGCAUUCACCAGGCGGUGCCGCACCUAAUGGGCAACAGAAGAUUUACAAAACCAACAACGAAAGUCGCUGCAUUCAAGGAUAACUUGUCAAGUAGAAACUCCUCCAUGCAUAACUUGCUUGAUGGCGAGAAUCCCAAUAUAAUUUCUGGAGAUGACGAUGAAGAUUUCGCUGGCAGCGAUGCAGACGACUUGAUGUUGGAACCACAUGGAACAAGAAACACUUUCUCAAAUGGGACUGGAGACAAGGGCGUGCUUGGGGCGUUCUUGAGCGCCGAGGAGCACGCUAAAUGGUUCACCAGGUUUGAUGAAGAGGUUCUCAAACCAGUGCUACUAGACACUAUACCUACUGGACAAGUUUCGAGCAGCGACAGCACGAACGAGCUCAGCACCGGGGGUAGUAGAAGAGAUUAG